UCUUAUCUUCAUCAUAAUUGUAUACAGUUUUUAUCUUUUUCCUUUUUGUUUUUAAUUCAAAGUCUCCUUUUUGUUGUUGGGAUGUUUUGAUUUGAUGGAGAUUAAGUCAUUUAUAGGAUGAAUUGGUCGUGGAUUGUUUGGUCAUGUUCGUUUGAAUAUAAAAAGUCAAUCUUUCUUUUUCUUUCUUUAGUUUUUGGAGGAUCCUUGUCUUUUUGUACGCUGAGAUGUUGUAAACAUGCAUGAGGUAUUAAAUUGCUUCGAUCUGGGCUGUGCUGGGUGUUUCAUUUUGAGAUCUGAGAUCUGGGUUGUGUGAGGUGACCUUAAUUAUUGCAACUUCUCCGUUUUGCUUGUCAUGUAUAGCUAAUUAUUCAGUGAAGUAUUGUGAAGGGAGGUUCAGGAAGCUUAAUUGAUUUCUUGACAUGGUUCUUUCUGGAAUUAUGAGCCAGUGGCAUGAAAAGAAAAAUGUUUGAUAUGCUUGAGAAUUCAAGAAGAGAAACCUGCUGAAUCAGAUAACAUGGAGGAGCGGGAUACAGCUCCUUUAGGUCAUCCGAGGGAUAACACAGGUCAAUCUGAAGCUUUUGGUUCUCCUGGAGAUCGCGCUGUCUAUCCACCUAAUAUUUAUGCCCCUCAGGCACAGGCGUUCUACUGCAGGGACAUGGAAGUGGCACAGUGUUAUCUAGAUGGCAAUGCAGACGCAGUAGAGUUUUGUACGCAUGAGCCAUAUCACAAUGUUUUAGCAGCUGCAACUUACACUUUGCAGGAAGGGGAUAGGCCGAGUCGAACUGGUAGCAUUUCACUUUUCGAUGUAAAUCCUGAUAUGGGUCGGUUUGAGUUGUUUUACCGCGUGGAGACUGUGGGGAUUUUUGACAUUAAGUGGAGUCCUGUUGUUGGGAAUGUGGGUCCAAUGCUUGCGCAAGCUGAUGCUGAUGGUUACUUGAGAGUUCAUGGAUUAGAAUGUUGUUCUAAUGGAGGGGACUCUCUGUCUCUAAAAGAGAUAGUUGGUAAAAAAAUAAGCUCCUCUAUGUGUCUUUGUGUGGACUGGAAUCCAUCAACAACAUCUAUCUCAGUGGGGCUUUCUGAUGGUUCUGUAUCUGUAGUGUCCUUUUUAGAGUCCCAGUUAAAUGUAAUUCAAGAGUGGAAAGCACAUGAUUUUGAGCUAUGGGCUGCAUCAUUUGACAUUCACCAACCUCAGUUGGUAUACACUGGUUCAGAUGAUUGCAAAUUCAGUUGUUGGGAUUUAAGGGACGGUCCUUUCAAUUUGGUGUUUCAGAAUUCUAAAGUCCAUAAAAUGGGUGUCUGUUGCAUUGCAAAGAGUCCUAGGGACCCUAAUAUUUUACUCACCGGUAGUUAUGAUGAGCAUCUAAGGCUAUGGGAUGUAAGAUCAAUUUCCAAACCAGUCAAUGAAACUUCAGUUUGUCUAGGGGGAGGAGUUUGGAGAGUCAAGUACCACCCAUAUGUACCAGGCGUGGUCUUAGCAGCUUGCAUGCAUAAUGGCUUUGCAAUUGUGAAGAUUGAUGAGGAGAAAGGAGAAGUGAUGGAAACAUAUACCAAACAUGGCUCACUUGCUUACGGUGCAGAUUGGCAGAGGGGGAAUUUAUCUCAUAAGGUCAAACAAAACAGCUCUGUAGUGGCUACUUGUUCCUUUUAUGAUCGGCUUCUUCAAAUAUGGAUACCAGAAAGUAGCGUUGUUAAACAACUUUAAUGCAUUUAAAUAUAUAUAUGUGAAAUUAAUAACUGUGAAAUGUAUUUUACAUUCAGAGAAGAGAAAGGCUGAGAAGUUUUAUACUUU